UUGGCGGUGCUAGUACGGUUGACCUUUGACACUUUCUUCCUAUACAAAUAGCAUGUGCUGGAAGGGUUGCAUAUAGAAUAUUACACCCCAAAAUACGUUCUAAGCCAAGACGGGAGAACCCGGACUGUACAGAGACUGGUGCAAAAAGGAUGGAGACCAAUCUAUCAUCCAUUCUGUUCGAAUCAUUCUACGGUGGUAAUGUAUCGAUAUUGGAAAACUACACGACAGAUUCCCUGCCCGGGGCAAUUGUCACCCCUACCGAAAUGUCACAUCUACUGGGGCAUGGCCCAACCGUUCCGGGCGCUUUAUUCCCUGUUAAUACAGCGUGGGAGAACAUUUCCCAGUUCCAUCAGCGCCUUCCGCUCGUCACCUACCUACCGAUGCUGGCAACGGCAGCUAAGAAUAUUAUCGAAGCAAACAUGGCAACGAAUGGAACUCUGUCGAUGGAACACUGCGUUCUGAUGAACGUAACCUUUGACCCCGAUGGCACUAGCAGCAGCCAUCCGGGGAUCAUUUGUCUGCCCCACGCGCCGACACUAUCCAAGUCCGGUGUGAUCCGAGUGAUUGUCUUGUCGGCGAUGGCCAUGGUAUCGCUGCUGGGCAAUAUAGCUACCAUGUGCAGUAUCCAGAGAGACCGCAAAACCCGGCGACUGGCCCGGCACAACUGGAGUGCGAUAUACUCGCUAAUAUUUCAUCUCUCGAUAGCGGACCUGCUGGUGACCGGGUUCUGUAUGAUUGGUGAAGCCGCCUGGAGCUACACGGUCGAAUGGAUGGCCGGGAUGGUGGCCUGUAAACUGUUUAAGCUGCUGCAAAUGUUCAGUCUGUACCUGUCCACCUACGUGCUGGUGCUGGUCGGCGUUGAUCGCUGGGUUGCAGUCAAAUAUCCAAUGAAGUCACUUAAUACGGCUCGUCGCUGCCAUCGCUACCUACUCGGGGCCUACACGGUCUCGUUUGUGCUGAGCAUUCCGCAG